AUGGCAUCCACCACCUCUGCAACUGCGGCGCACGCUGCCAACUCGAAUUCUUCGGCAUUCAAGAGCACCGAACUGGCACAGCUCUCUGGCGUGGAAGCUGCCAAGCGCGCAGCCGCCUACGCUGCCGUCGACAACCACGUCUUCCCGCACCACGAGAUCAUCGGCAUCGGCUCAGGGUCGACGGUGCCGUAUGUGGUCGAGCGCAUCGCACAGCAGGGCGCCGAGAUCAAUGCCAAGCGCUGGUUCGUGCCUACGGGCUUCCAGUCGCGAGAGCUCAUCAUCAACGCAGGUCUGCGUCUGGGCGACGUCGACAGCUUCCCGGCGAUUGACGUGACGAUCGACGGUGCCGACGAGGUGGACAAUGCGCUCAACUGCAUCAAGGGUGGCGGCGCAUGCCAGCUGCGCGAAAAGGUGCUCGCCGAGGCGGCCAACGAGUUCGUCGUGGUGGCCGACUACCGCAAGAACGGCUCGCAGCUCGGCACCAAGUGGCUCCAGGGUAUCCCGAUCGAAGUGACGCCGUUCGCCUACGCCAAGGUGCUGCAGAACCUCAAGAAGAUGGGAUCCGACCAGGCGGUGCUGCGCAUGGGCAAGGCCAAGGCAGGACCCGUAGUCACGGACAACGGCAACUUUUGCAUCGACGCACCCUUCCCCGAGGCGCAGAUGAAGGACCCUUCCGACCUGCUCAUGCGCAUCAAGCUGCUCACCGGCGUCGUCGAGGUCGGCCUCUUCUGCAACAUCUGCAAGUCGGCCUACUUUGGCAACGAAGACGGCACCAUCACCAUCAAGACCGCCGACGGAAAGCGAGAGCCCUUGAGACGGCCUAAACAGGUGCAGUGCCUCAAGGCGCGUGCACCUCUCCCGCACCUUUGGCCCGAAGGUCUCGAUCCGCAUGCCGGAGCCUCGAGUGGAGUCUUUGACACGGCUCAGUCUUCAAGUCUUCCCUUCUUCCCACCAAAGCCACCUGUUCCUCCUACUCGGCCGCCGCACUUCCCAUUCGACUUUGAUACCACCCGCAGACCCCCGCAAGCAAGUCUCUUCACCAUGGCGCCCAUGAUCCCAGGUGACAAGUACAAACCGUACAAACCGAUCGACCUUCCCAACCGCACAUGGCCCACAAAGGUGCAGCAAAAGGCUCCCAUCUGGACCUCGGUCGAUCUUCGCGAUGGCAACCAGGCGCUCAUCAACCCCAUGUCCGGCGAGCAGAAGCUCAAGUUCUACCAGAAGCUCGUCGAGGUCGGCUUCAAGGAGAUCGAGGUCGCCUUCCCCUCCGCCUCGGACACCGACUUUGGCUUCGUGCGCCACAUUAUCGAGAACAACAUGAUCCCCGACGACGUCUACAUCCAGGUGCUCACCCCGGCGCGCGAGGAGCUCAUCCGCAGGACCUUUGAGUCCAUCAAGGGCGCCAAGAACGUCAUCCUUCACAUGUACAACGCCUCCUCGCCCCUCUUCCGCAACGUCGUCUUCAGCAACUCGCAAGAGCAGACCAUCGACCUCGCCGUCAAGCACACCAAGAUCGUGCGCGAGCUCGUAGACCACUACUCGAAGCCCGAGAACGGCGGCACCAACUUCAAGUACGAAUACUCGCCCGAGACCUUCACACAGACCGAGAUGGACUUUGCCGUCAAGAUCUGCGAAGAGGUGCGCACGGCGUGGGGCAAGGCGUCGCACGACAACCCCAUCAUCUUCAACCUCCCCGCCACCGUCGAGGUCGGCCCGCCCAACCACUACGCCGACCAGAUCGAGUACUUCUGCACCCACAUCUCCGACCGCGCCUCGGUCAUCGUCUCGCUCCACCCGCACAACGACCGCGGCUGCGCCGUCGCCGCCUCCGAGCUCGGCAUGCUCGCCGGUGGCGACCGCGUCGAGGGCUGCCUCUUUGGCAACGGCGAGCGCACCGGCAACGUCGACAUCGUCACCCUCGCCCUCAACAUGUUCUCCCAGGGCAUCCAGCCCGGCCAGCUCGACCUCUCGGACAUCCAGAGCGUCGUCGACGUCGUCAGCGGCUGCAACGACAUCCCCGUCCACCCGCGCCACCCUUACGCCGGCGACCUCGUCUUCACCGCCUUCUCCGGAAGCCACCAGGACGCCAUCAAGAAGGGCUUCGCCGCCCAGACCAAGCGCAUCGCCGACGGCGACAACACGUGGGAGAUCCCCUACCUGCCCAUCGACCCGCUCGACCUCGGAUGCACCUACGAGGCCGUCAUCCGCGUCAACUCGCAGUCGGGCAAGGGCGGCGUGGCGUAUCUGGUGGCGCAGAGCCUGGGCCUCGACCUGCCGCGCAGGAUGCAGGUGGCGUUCUACCAGGUGAUCCAGGAGGUGGCCGACCGCACGGGCAAGGAGAUGACUUCGGACGACAUCACGCGCAUCUUUACGCAGACCUACCACCUCGCCUCGCUCGAGGCCGGACGCAACGAGGGCCGCUUUGCGCUGCGCGGCUACUCGCUCUCGGACGACCUGUCGAGCAGCAUCACCUCGGAGGACGAGCACGGCUCCGGCCUGCAGACGCCGCGCCACCGUCGCUUCACGGGCAAGGUGCUGCACGAGGGCAAGGUGCACGAGCUCACGGGCACGGGCAACGGUGCGCUCUCGGCGCUCAUCGACGCGGUCGAGUCGACUUUCGGCCUCAAGGCCGAGAUCCGCGAGUACAGCGAGCACGCCAUCACCAAGUCGUCCAGCCUCCAGACGGGCACCAACACCUCGAGCAGCGCACGCGGCAACGGCUCCAAGGCGCAGGCGGCGUCGUACGUCGAGCUCAUCGACCCAGCACACAAGGAGCAGGUGGGCGAGAAGAAGGCGCAGGGCUUCUGGGGCGUGGGCAUCGACGUCGACAUCACCACCGCCUCGCUCAAGGCGGUGCUCUCGGCGCUCAGCAACAUCUCCAAACCCGAGGCGGUCAUUUCCGAAGCCGUCCAGGCGACCAAGCAGUAG